AUGAAGACGGAGACAUGUUUCUUUACCUUACUCUGUGUCUCCAUGAUUUUUUUGGAGGCUUUGACUUUGAUUGGAGAAAGAGUUUGCGGUUUUCAGACAUCAACAAGAAGGGCCAUGGUAGUUUUGGCGCAAUAUAAGGAAGAUACGACGUGGGCGAUGCGGUUGGAGGACGAGUGCGACGUUGAAGUUCGUGUAUACCAGAGUGCUAAUCAUCGAGAUCCGUACUUUGUCGAGAAUCUUGGAGGCGAGGCGGCCAAGUAUUUCACAGCCAUCGAAGAUGUUUACGACGAUGAUGAGCCACCCCCAUAUCUGCUAUUUUUACACGCUCACGAAACCUCGUGGCACAACGGGGUAAACGCCACUGAGUAUAUCUGUUCAGAUGCAUGGAGGGUGAUAGGAGGUAACAAUGUCGGGAAUGAUGAUCCGCGGAGUCUCACAUAUGGUGAGAGGAAACAUUUUGUACAUUUCCCCUCGACUCGUGUUAUCCGCGUGUUACGCAGAGGAAGCACUGUAGCUGCGGUUUUUAUAGCGGAUAAAAGGAAAAACGGUACGUUAAAACCUUGGUUUGCCACGAAUAAUUUGCGGCAGCGGGUUUCUAUUACGGCUCGAGCUGUUAAAAUUAAAGACAGUAUGCGUGGCUUGUAUUUCGACUCAGAAUGUUGCGGACAAUUUUCAACUAGUUUUUCGGUAAUAAAACGCCGCCCGAAGAGCUUUUACCAAAGAAUCCGAAAAUGGGCCAUUUCAAAGGGGGAUUCUAUUCACUCGAACAAAAAUCAGAACAAGCCUACGGUAGAGAAAGUUAAAGGGCUCGAGCCUUUAUGGAGUGUAAUUUUUGAUGCAACUCCAUUACAUUUUGAUACGAAAUUAACUGGUAGCUUUGCCAGUGUUGUAAAGGUCGAACUCGAGGAGCAAGCUAAAAAGGUUGCAACCGAGAAAGCAAAGGCUCUCAGACGACGCUUGCGACCGAACGCGAGAGGUCCCGGCUUAGUGACGUUCGGCCCGGACCGCGUCAAACAGUUCUGCGAAAAUAACGGUUUAGAAAUGAUUGUUCGAGCGCACGAGUGCGUCGUGGACGGCUUCGAACGUUUCGCGCAAGGCCAACUGUUGACGUUAUUUUCCGCGACGAAUUGCUGCGGGACGGCAAAUAACGCGGGUGCAAUUUUAGUUUUAGGACGCGAUUUAACGCUCUACCCGAAACUCAUCCACCCGUUGCCACCGGAAGCGAUGGAUUCGGCUUCUCCCGGAGAAUUCGACCACGCGUUGUGGAUGCAAGAAAUCAUCCGCGAACGUCCGCCGACGCCGCCGAGGAAAAAUAGCUUUUUCGGUAACUAA